AUGGAGGACGUAAUUGUGAAAGUGUUCCAAGGAGAGGUUGAAGUUGCAAGCGAGGUGAUCUCCAGCCCUGCCACUGCUGCGGAAGCAAAGGAUAGUCUGCGGGAUCUCAACGCAGCCCUGGUGGGCAAGCCGACAGAAGCCAACCGAAGUACUGGCUUAGCGGGGCGGCGUGAACUGACUCCUGGCGCCAUCUACCAUCUGCACCUGCAACAGCAGCCGGGCGCUAACUUGACUGAAGAGGAUGUCUUGGGGCUGAGGAGCAUGUACCGACGCAGAACAGAGACACUGUCCAUCAAUGGCAUCAAUGCAGAGCAGUGGGAGACCAUCAAGGUGACAGCGAAGCUGGAGUUGAGACCUUGGCUUGGGGCCAUCGAACCAGUGAGCCAGCACCAGCCUAAGCCAUUUGGGUGGGAUGACACCGCAGAAAGCAAUCAUGCUGUCAGGUAUCUGCCUUUCUUACAGCAGGAACUCAAUUCAGUGCUGGGCCGCAAGAUGCUCAGCCGGAUUGAGGUGAUGGAUGGCAACCGGUAUCCAAACUGCCUGGCCACAAGGGGCUUGGAGAGCUUCACCCGGCAGGACAUUGCGCAGGCAUGCGUGACGCUGAUCACACUGAACCUCAAGUCGCCCUAUCUCCGGCCGUGGGUCCUCCUCACACUUGAACAACAGGACGAGGCGAGGGCGUACCACCUGCUGUACAACCUGUCAGUGCAGCCUGCUCUAGCACCACUCCUGCCCUGGAGGCCCACUCCUGAGGGCAUGUAUGUCUGA